CAAUCUUCGAGACUUCGUGAUCGACCGAUAUCUCGCGGUCAAUCGAGAUCUUGCGAUAUACCGCAGCCGUGAAAAUGUCCGAGUCACGCGAAUUCCGUGCCGUCCACGACGUUCAUCUCGCAGGGAAGCGAUUCUCGCGGUGAUAGAGCGCGCCGAUCGAUUGUGCCGCGCAAAGUCGGCGUCCUCGCGGGCCGGGCGGUGUAACGAAGAUUUCGGCGACGAAAAACUGGUUCACUUAUCGCCGGGAAAUGACACGCGCGAACGCGGCUGGGAACGACAUGGUCAAUGGCGGCGGUAACGGCUGCGACGGCGGCGUCAUCGCGAAGAAGUCCUUGGUCCGCGUCGGCAGGUAUCGGAUGCUGAGGCCCCUCGGCAAGGGGAACUUCGCGCGCGUCGAAGAGGCCAUCCACACCGUCCUCGGAGUCAAGAGCUUCUUUUAUUUUGCACGUCCGUUUCCGAAUCGCCGUGUCAGUCUACUCGGCUUUUGCCUGAUACUCGUCGAUACGAGAAGUGACGUGAUGGGGCCGAAUAACCGAUCGACGAAUUAAUUUAUUAGAUGAAGGAGAAUAUAGGGAGAGGGUGGCGGUUAAGAUAAUAGAUGUCGCGCAAGGCAAGGACUACGUGAUGAAGAACCUGACGAGGGAGGCGAAGGUGCUGUCGAUGCUGCAGCAUCCAAACAUCAUGAGACUCUAUGAAACUAUCCGGAGCGGAUCUGUGUACUAUCUCGUGACGGAACUCGCGACCGGCGGUGACCUGUGCACGCACAUUAAGGAACAGCCGACCGGUAAGCUGGACGAGAACACGGCGAGGCUCUACGCCAGACAGCUGGUCGCCGCGCUCAAGCACAUGCAUUCGAGAGGAGUCGUUCACCGAGAUCUUAAAAUGGAGAACAUCGUACUGCAGGACGAGCGCAAGGAACAGAUCAAGAUAGUGGAUUUCGGCCUCAGCAACAUUUACUCCAGCGAAAAUCCUCUACAAACGCACUGCGGCUCCCCGGAAUACGCGGCCCCCGAGCUCUUCGUCGUAGGCAAACGAUACGGUCCGGAGGUAGAUUUGUGGAGUCUUGGAGUCGUUUUGUACGGAAUGAUCACCGGCCGAUUGCCGUUCGUCUGUCCUCGCGACGAGUGGACAUCGUCGGAGAAACGUCGACGAAGGCUGAUGGUCCAGAUCAACAAAGGCCUGACGUCGACGCAGGAGAAGACUAUGUGUCAGACGUCGACCGAAUGCAAAAAUCUGAUAAACCAUCUACUCAUACCGAUAGCUCACGAGAGGAUCACCGUCCGAGAGAUCCUCGAGCAUCCGUGGAUCCUCGCGCCGUCGAAGCGUAACUUCCCUACUCGCUUCGAGAAGGAUCUCAACGCGUCCGAUCGUAUCGCGGUAGUGAACGAGAUCGCGACGGCCGUGCGAACGACCGCGGCUACUGUCGAGACUGAAAUAAUGAGACGAAAAUACGGGGAAAUCGGCGGCAUGUAUAAUAUAAAAGUUCACAAGUUGCAUCAAACAGCUGCUGCCGUUGCAGCUUGCGAAUUAGCACCACGACUUCUCCGAAGUUCCACAUGCCAAACUAGAGACGCGUCAUCGACGAGCGUAACUAUCAGAACGACGAGAGGUAAUUUCCGAAACGGUACAUCCAGAAAUUCUUACGAUGCCGAUCGCGUAGCCGUCAUGCGACACGGCCAGGUGCAAGAUCGAUCGGUCAAGAAAUCCUCAUUACACGGCUCCACGACAUGGAACUGGCGAUGCCGCUCCGGAAACGGAAAUCACUCUUCCGAGGAGCAAAGAAAUUCCAGGAAUCGUUGCGACGUGUCUACCGUGAACGCGUCCUUAUCGCCCCAACAAUAUCGUGCACCGCAAAUUAUGAAAAUUCAGGACAAGAUCUUGGAGCAACGAUUACACAGGGAUAAAACUCAGCCGAAAAAUGCCAGAUCACAUACUGAUUCCAAAAGAGCAGCAAGAGGCGAAGAGAUUUCGAGAACUUUCCAAGUCGAUCGCGAUAUAAUACCCCCGACUUUACGAGCGAAUUCACGAAUUAGUAGUGAAAGCGUGCCUGCGUCGCGAGUUGGAGAAAUCCACAAGAAGGUACUUAAUGCACCCUCAUGGCGAUUUCGAGUUGGAAGUGCAAGAAUAAGAAGAGAUACGUGAAACUUAGAAAGUUUUUCAAACAAUUGAAUAUUACUGCGACGUUUGUAUUUUCUGACGAAUACUAUUCUCGUUGAGAUGCGUAUGUUUAUCGAAACAGUCGGAAAUUAACUUCGUUAAAUUGCGCGUUUAUCUAUCGUUAAUUAAAAGAUACUAAUUACACAUCUCUGUAUUAGGAUGAAAUUAUUUUCAUUAAAAAUUUGUCUUGCAUUGUGUUUUAUACACGUAUUAAUAUCUAAUAAAUAGUCUAUCUAUAUAAUUAAUAAAGAGAUAUCAAGCUUAAAUAGAUGAUGAUAAACUUUAAUCACUGAUUAGAUAUAAUCGGAAUAUUAAUGUAUUCCGGUGCGUACUUUGCCUUUAGUGGCCACAUUAUCCUGUAAUGUUGAAGAAAUAUAUAUCUUCCCAGUAAACACAAAGUAUUAUCUAUAUUACAAUGUCAGUUCAAUCAUAUAGUAUAUUAUGUACUUUGUUAUAUAACAAAGUAACAGUUAUGUAAUAUACCAUAUGAUUGAGCUGACAUUGUAACACUUUAUGUUUACUGGAUUCGUUUUGAUACUAAUUAAUAGCAUUGUUUAAUUGUAGCUACUGUGGAACUUCACUUCAUGAAAAAGCAAAUUGUUUUUUGUGAAAUUUCAUUUCGUGAAAGGACGAAACAAUGUGAUAACAAUAUGUUUAAAUAAUUACAUACUAUGAAGCUACUUUGUGUAUAUAAACGCAUUGGACGACAUUAAUGUAUUCGAUUGUAAAAUUUAGAAAUGAAUAUAAACAAUCUUUAAUAAAUACUUAUUGAAAAAUUUUCAACAAAUAUUUAUUGAAAAAUUUUAAUGAAUAUAAUAGCGAAUUUGGUCAUCCGCACUACACUGGGUCAAUGCAUAUUGAAGACUGUUACACUUAAAACAAUCAUUUAAAUAAGAAAGAAUAUAAGCAUUUUGAAUUAUUAAAUUAUUAAAUUCACUAUAAAAAAAGAUAAAUAUUGAAUACAGUCGUUUUCUCGAAGAAAGUUCACGCUUACUAAAGAAAAACUUAGAAAACCCGAUGAUAACUAAAAAAUAUUACCGACUAUAGGAAUUACCGACCGUGACAAUUACCGACUGCGUGGCAUGUAAGAAUUCUGUUAUAGCCUCUGU